UCCAGCAAUGCAUGGAAUCAUAGAAUUAUGAUAUAAAUGUUGUAACUUGUACAUAAUCUUCUCUUAUUUCUAAGGAAUCAAAACCAUAAUUGAUAAUUCAAUUAUAUAUUUUAUCUAUGCCCAUCAAGUAGUUUAAUAUUGUUACACGACCUUACCAUGACUCUUUUAAGUUACAAAUAAUUUUUCUUGUCCAAGCUCACGUAAUUAAUUGAGCCAAAGUUCUCACCUAUAUAUUAGUUUACAAGUUCUUCAUUAUACACAAAAAAAUCCACAUACUUGCUAGCAUAAGUUUUUUUUUUUUUUUUUUUAAUACUAUGUCAGAAGUGAAUGCAAAAUUAGCCAUGACAGGAACUCCGCUUGCCAACACCGGUGUUCCGGGACAAUGGACCACUGGUUUAUGUGAUUGUUGUGAAGAUUCCUCUAACUGCUGUGUCACUUGUUGCUGUCCUUGCGUCACGUUUGGACGAAAUGUUGAGAUAAUUGACCAAGGAACUACUUCUUGUGCUCAUGCUGGUGCAAUAUACUAUUGCCUGGCUCAUAUUGGUUGGGCUUGUAUCUACACAUGCACUUAUCGUACAAAAUUGAGAGCCUACUUUAGCUUGCCAGAGGACCCUUGUGGAGAUUGCCUUGUCCAUUUCUGCUGUCUCCCUUGUGCUGUUUGCCAAGAAUACAGAGAGCUCAAAAACCGCGGUUUUGACCCCUCCCAAGGAUGGUUGGCUAACGCUCAGAAAUGGGGUCAAGCUGGACUGACUGUGCCUCCCACUAUUACACCAGGAAUGACUCGUUAAAAGAUGUUUCAACCAGGCUGCAGGCUGUUCUACUUGUUUCUUAAUUCUGUUGUAUUUUUCUAUUUCUAAUAGUAGCAUGUAUUGAGUGAAAAUUGUGAGAAUUUUGCUUUCCUUGUUUUACCCUAUAUUAGUUGUGAACCUAGAGCUCUUCAAUUUGGUCUGCUAUAAAUGAAGUUUAAUUUUUUGUUGUCGUUUCUCAAUUAAACUCCUUACUCAUUGUGUUACUUUUGUUUUCUUCCUUUCGGUUUUUCGUCUAGUCAUGGUUCUUGCAUUUUUCAAGUAGCAGAUCAAGCUUAUUCCUAGCUAAUAGGAAAUCUAAGAUAGCAGUAAAUAUACUUUUAUGAUGAUUCUUGUAAAUGUAUACUAGGUGAUGGACUGGGCUCAACAUGCAAGUGUGUUUCUCAUCUCUUUAUGCAACAGGAUUGGGUGUUUGAUUCGGCUUCUCAAAUGCAGAAGGGCGGAGCCACGUUAGCUCCGGGGGUUCAUCCGAACUCCCUCGGUGAAAAAUUACAGUAUAUUUUCAAAGUUAAAAUUAUUUUAUUAUGUAUAUAUAGUA